UAUAUCACAGUUCAAACACACCAGACCAACCGCAUCAACCAACGCAACACCAUCCGCGAACAAGUUCAAACCCUCAACUGGAUCGCAUCCCCCGUAGGCGCAUACGACCGGCGAUUCAUUCCCGAAGAUCAAGACCUCAGACGGAAUACGGAAUAUGGGGCAUCUCGGCGGGAGCAGCCUACUACGAAGGAUAUGUUGAAGCAUCGCUGGAAUAAGGAAGUGGAGGCGCUGGUACGAAAGGCGCAUGAGAGUCGGUGGGAAGAUGCGCGGGAGACUGUUGCGGAGGGGUGGAAUGCUGCGAUGAAGUACGUGAAGAGAGAGUAA